AUGUUAUCUAAGCACAUGGAAAGUGAAAGGAAAUUGAGAUUAAACCGUAAUAUGAAUAUCAAAAUCAAUAAGGAUGCUGAAAUUGUUAUUCCAUUUAACCAGUUUGUAAAUUAUCCCUCAAAAAAAUCAAAGCGAUUUAGGAGUGCAUUUACAACAGAACAAGUAAAUUACUUAGAAAACGAAUUCAAGAAAUUUCCGUAUAUAGGAAGUGCUAACCGCAAAGAAAUUGCUGAUAUUUUAAAUAUUUCAGAAAGAGCUGUAAAGAUUUGGUUUCAAAAUCGUCGUAUGAGAGAAAAGAAAGAAAAUGGAAACAAAGAUAUGAUUGAUCAAAAUAAAAGUAACGUUGAAUUAGUCAAAGGGCAAUUACAUAAUGACCAUAAUUUUGAAACACGUAAUGGGUCUAGCAGCAAACAGUCACAAAUAAGUGAAUACAGUCAUUCAAAAAAGUUUAACAUUGAUAUACCUAAUCAAAAUGGACCCAUUGAAGUAAUGUGCUUGUCUAGUCAAAAUAAACUGAAACAUCCUGAAGAUUUAAAUACACCCCAAAAAAAUACUAAGUGUAAAUCAUCAAUAGACAAACAGAUAAGACAGGUUUGCGUAAAUCAAUUUACAAAUCCGUCACAUAAAGUUCAACAAAAUACUUCGAUUCAUUCUACGCCACCACCAUUAAAAGAAAGCCCUUGUGCAUAUUACGAGAAUUUUAAAAAUGAAUUUAACUAUCAAACAUAUUUAAAUUCAACGCACCUAAACACCUCACAAUCAUCAGAUAUACCGCAAGAUCUUUCAUCUAAAACAAAAUUGGCUCAGAAAGCGGCUAUGCCAAAUCAACCGUACACCGUUUCAGUACAUCUUAAUUCUGAUCAGAAAUACGUUCCAUUUUAUACUCAAAAUUAUUGUACUUCAUCUUUACCAAUAGGAGCUGCUGUAACUGCAGGACUUUCCAUACCAUCGGUUUCAACAGUUUCACCUGGCAACAUCGUUUGGAAACCACUAAGCGUAUUACCUGGACCUGGUUUAUCACCAUUUGGAAUUCCCCAUAGUAAUGAACUUUCUGUAAAUAACCAAAAUGCUAUAAGAGGCAAUUGUAAUUGUAAUUGCCAUGAACCAUCACAGGGUCUAUCUUCAAUAGGACGAAUUAAUCAAGAUCCUAGAACUCAGCCACAUUAUAUACUUGCUAUUCCGCUAAAUAGUGGCUCUAAUAAAAUG